GGACAGUGGGGGCCCGCAUAAUUUUGAAUAUUAAUAAAUCUUCACAUUCUUAAAGAGCUUGUAUGGAUGCUCCUAUAUGUCAUUUUUUUGUUUUAAAUUUAGUGGUGCUUUAAGGGCCAUGCUUUGGCUGAACUGUUGAAGGAAUAGUCAGGAAAAAGCAUGCUUUUAUAGAAUUUUUAACUUCCCUUUUGGCUAAACCCCGUAGCUUUUCUCUCUGAGAAGUUGCUCUGCCACCAGGCGUCUUGCUUCCGUGUCUUGCUCAUGGCGAGGGGUAGGCACGGCAUGCAGCAGUAGCUUGUGGCUUCUUUGAGUGCUGUGUUAUGAAAGUGCCUCUUUUAAGCCUAGCUUGGCAAGUUGAGGGCGUUUCACAGAGAGGAGACAUUUCCACCUGAGUAAGAAGUGCCAGCGAUUAGAACCAUGCUGAAAGGGGGCACCGCCAAGGCGGCGCUGCCCAAGACGGCAGCCCCCGAGCGGAUGCGGCUGAUUUCUUCUCUUCCACACACCUCCACCUCCAGCAGCACUUCCACAGGCAUGAAGAUUUCACGCUCCUCCAGCACCAUCGCAUCUGACCUGCGCCUCAGCCGGCUGAAGCGGGCAAGCAGCGAUGAUGCGUUGGCUAAGCCUGUUCUGGGACCAGCCGCUGCAGCAUCUCGUAUGAAGAAGACUGUCACUACUGGAGCCAUCUCAGAACUGGCUGACGGCAGGCCACGCAGCCUGACAGGUAUCCAGUCAGGCAAAAAGUCAGGGAUACCUGCUCCCCGGGAAAUCCCCCAGACCAUCUCCAGAGACCGUACCUCACUACGGGACCAGCUAAAAACCUCUAGUGCCAAGAAGUUGAUCCCUAGUGCCAGCACCUCCAGCCUGUCCACUCUAGCUAAGCACUCCCGUGGUUCUGUCAAGACAAAGACAGAAGCUGAGAGCGCAGACAAGGCCCUCUUGGAAUGCCAGGUCAAGGAGCUGCUAGCUGAGGCCAAAGCCAAAGAAUUUGAGAUCAGCAAGUUGCGGAUGGAACUGCAGCGAUGCAGAGGCAAAGGCUCACCUCAGGAAGCUGGCACACCAGAUGGGACCUCAGAUGGGGAGCAAGCUCAGCCACACCCCCCAGACUUUCAGAUAUUAGUUGGAGAGUUGAAGGAGAAGAAUGGACGCUUCCAGAGGGAGCUGGCUGCUUUACGGGAGGAGAACCAAGCCUUGAAGGAAAAGCUGAUCUCAUUGGAGACCUCUCCAGUCUCCAGUGGUAGUACCACUGCAACUUCCACAUCACUAACUUGUCCAACCACAACCUCCACUUCACUAACAAGUCCAGCCAAACCUUCUGUUAAUGGGGUUCUCCCUGAGAGUAUCAGCACCGAAAUGGGAACAAGUGGGCCACUUAAUGGCAGUCCAAUCAAAACCUCUGUAUCAUCCGGUAGUGACCUCACCAAAGGUUCUCCAUCACCUUCCCCAGACUCCUCAGAGUUUGAGAAGAUCCCAUCUCGCUCAGAUUCUGUCAGCAGUAGCACCAAGGGUGUUGCUCCAGGGACCAUGGAACGAGAUCUGUCGGUGGAGUGCUUGACAGAGCGCAUCCAAAAGAUGGAGGAGAGCCACCACAGCACGGCAGAGGAACUCCAGGCUACCUUGCAGGAAUUGGCCGAUCAACAGCAGGUUGUGCAGGAGCUAACAGUAGAGAACGAGCGACUGGCUGAGGAGAAGGGUCUUCUUCAAACCUCGCUACAGCAGCAGAGGGAACGCGUGGAACUCCUGGCCCAAAAGAAUGAGGCCCUGCUUCAGAGGCUCCGAGAGCAAGCCCAGAGUCAAGAAGCUGAGGCCACACGUGUGUCCAGGAUGGCAGAGCUGGAGCAGCGUCUGGCUGAGCAGGUAGAGAACUCACGUUUUGAGAGGGAGAAGCUUGUGGAUAUUCAGCAGCAACUGACCGGGAGCUUGAGAGCUUUGGAGAAGGAGCAUCAGGAGGCCCAGGCGACUGCGAGAAGUUUGAAAGAAGAGCUGGAGCUCCUCCAACAGCAGCUGGAAAGGGAGAAGGAGGCUGGAGUGAAGGCAGCAAGGCUGGCAGAGGAAGAGCAUCAAGCCAUGGAGGCUCUGAAGGCAGAGAACGAGCGUUUGAAGGGCCAGGUGGAGACAGAGAGGCAGAAGGUGGUGGAACUCAAGGCGGUACAAAGUGCAAGCAACAGCACAGAGCUGCAAGCCUUACUCAAAGCAGCUCACGCAGACAGAGACAAGCUGGAGAUCAGUUGCUCCGAGCUGAGGCAGGAGUUGCUGCUGGCAAACAAUGAAAUGGAGCAUCUUCAGGGCAUGCUUAACAAGGCUGAGGCAGACCAACAGCAGCAUGAGGACAGGUUGGAGAAGCAAGAGCAAGAACACAAAGCCAGUCUGCUCGCUCUGGAAGAGAAGAGCAGAGAUGGAGAGAACCAGAUCAAGGACCUAAAGGAGACCAUCUUUGAGCUGGAGGACCAGGUGGAGCAACAGAGAGCAGUUCGACUGCACACCAACCAGACCAUUCUGGACCUGGAGAAUCAAAUCAAGAGGCUGGAGGAGCAGAAGGUUGAGCAGGACAAGCAGAUGAAAGCCAUGAGCAAACAGAUGAAGGAAGAGACGGAGGAGUGGCGGCGUUUCCAGGCUGAUCUGCAGACAGCAGUGGUUGUGGCGAAUGAUAUAAAAGUGGAGGCUCAGCAGGAGGUGCGUGCACUGCGGAGGAGGCUGCAGGAGGAGCAGGAGCGCAAUACCAGACUAGCCUCAGAGCUAGAGCAGAUUCAGGGGGCCAGGUCACGGGUGGAAGAAGGAAGCCUCUCAGAUUCUGACAGCAGCCCUCACUGGUGUGGCAUCUCAGUGACCCAGAAUGCAUCCAGCACCCUGCUGACCAGCGGCAGUGGGAGUGGAAGCAGCACACCCACGGAACCCGGAGCCACCGUUAAAUCCCUCAUCAAAUCCUUUGACACAGCUGUUAAGAAUGGACCUGGCAGCACAGUGCAGAUGCAUUCAACUCCCAGAAGCCCACUAAGUGGAAUACCAGUGCGUACCGCUCCUGCUGCUGCUGUCUCGCCCAUACAGAGGCAUUCGAGUAUCAAGCCACUGCCUAAAACCUUGGAAAGAAGAAUCAACCUUGGAGAUUUCCCACACCCAGGUGAUGAGCUAAAGCCGUCGUCUCUGAUGAGGAAGAGUCCAUCACUCGAGUCAGUCAUCAAGACUCCAGCAGCACUGAGCAGCAGAACUUCUUCAUUCUCUUAUAACCGGGCUAACAGCAAACUCAAUGUGGAAAGAACAGACCCUCUGGCUGCUCUGGCGCGGGAGUAUGGGGGAUCUAAGAGGAACGCUCUACUGAAGUGGUGCCAGAAGAAAACAGAAGGCUAUCCGAAUAUCGACGUGACCAACUUUAGCAGCAGUUGGAGUGACGGCCUGGCCUUCUGCGCCCUGCUACACACCUACCUGCCUGCACACAUCCCGUACCAGGAGCUCAUCAGCCAGGACAAGGGCCGCAAUCUGACCCUGGCCUUCCAAGCCGCUGAAAGUGUUGGAAUUAAACCAUCACUGGACAUUGAUGAGCUGAUGCACACAGACAGGCCAGACUGGCAGAGCGUGAUGCAGUACGUUUCUCAGAUCUACAAGUAUUUUGAGACUUGACCUUUGUCUGGACUAAUAGAAAGUGAGAAAAGUUCACAGAAGCACUUUCUGCCCACUUUCUUUUCCCUUCCACACCAGGAUAUGGCAGACAAAUCUGAGCUUCUUCUCAACAUCAGACUGUCAAACAAACAAACACUUUUCUACAUUCACUUCUGUUUAAUGGACUGAAAAUUCACUCUGAUUUAAGCCACACUUGCUUUCUUCAUUUCAUUUCAAGUUUGAAGUUGCUUUGAAUGGUUGAGGUUGCUGUUUUUGUCACUUCUGUUUAGAACCACGGUACAGAUCACAGUGUUGGACUGCAGUUUGACUGUUACUGUUUAUAGAGAAUGGA